AUGCCAAAAACCAGUACGGGAGAAACCCCAUUUAGUCUUGUAUACGGAUCAGAGGUGGUAAUCCCAGCCAAAAUUGGCCUUCCAUCGCCGCGCAUGCUUGCCAUGGAGAAGCAAAACAAUGAAAAAGAACGAAGAAUGGAUUUAGACCUUCUCGAAGAAAGGCGCGAGAACGCCGCUAUCGCAGAAGCAAGACAUAAAUCCAAACUUGAAAAGUACUACAACGCGCGCGUACGCGUGUGUACUUUCGUUCCAGGGGACUUCGUCUUACGUGACAAUGAAGCUUCCAAUGCGGAAAAGCCGGGCAAGUUAGCACCAAGGGCCGUACAUUAUCAAUGA